AGUCCACACAUGAGGCUGAACUCUGUGCACCAAUGACGUUUGAACGUAUGAAGUUGAUUGCGGGAUCGCUGGUUCUUCUUCAGGCUGAAUGUUUCGACAUGUCUUGUUUCGCAUCCGCAUUCAGACUUUCGCAGAGUGCCUACUUGGGAAAGUGGGGUGGAAGAGCGAGAAAACGAGAUGGCAGGACGACGCGACAGUUGCGCACCAACAGAGAAACGUUUGAACCUCGAGCCUCUCUCACAUCUGUGCUGGGGCGUUUGAUAGCUGAACAGGGAGAAGCCGUAUCACCAACCACCUUACCACUUCAAUCUCUCCCCUCAACAUCGAGGCGAGGUAACGGCCAACUUGUCACACCCGUUACUACGGACAUGUUCCUUGCAUCUAGAAGUCGGAAACUUCGUCGCUAGGGUACGAUACGAUACCGGCCGAGACGACAUGAUUGUAUCACAAAGUCUCUCUACUGUUAGCGAGCGAAGCGUGCAGAUGUAGUGCAAGGUACAUAGUUAUCGUGGGAUGUGUAGUGUCGUACCCAUCUUCACCGGACGUCAAGAACGUUCAACACCACUAGUUCCAAGUGGCUGGGCAGGGUCUAACUGUCUACACCGCUUCACACCGCUACAAAACAAAUCGUCUUCUUUUCGCGGACGUGUAGGGCGAGAACCAUUGUUAGCUAGAAAAGCGUCAGUGGGUAGAUCGUGUAGGUUUCCGGGAUGAACUUGGUACCGAAGCAUGGUGUGUGUGUGUGUGUGUGUGUGUGUAACGCCACAACGGUGGUGGAGGUGCGAGAAGGUUCUCUACACCGCUUCACAC